UUCUCUCAUUUCAUUAAAAAAUAAAUAAAUAAAUCAAGUGUAUAAGAUGCAAACCAUGUUAUUUCCAUAUGUGCAUCUAUUUGAUGGCAAUUUCUGUUGUCGCUUUAACAAUUUAGAUUGAGAGUUACUACUAGUUAAGGAUUUUAUAGGUUAGAUGGUUUAAAUUUUACAUUGAGCAGUUUGGAACAUGUUAUUAUGGUAAUUGAUUUUUGUUUUAAAUUGUUGCCAUAUGAUAUGUUCAUGUAUCCUUUCAAGUUUGAAUAAUCAGAAUGUUAAUGUGUUUCCUGUAAGUCUACAAUUUGUUCUCUAUUUUUAAAUUUUCACAGAUCACCUUUGAUUGCCCACAGUGUGGAACUUUAUUGCAGAUUCAGUGUAUGCAUAAAUCUAUUUGUGCAGAUGUUUUGAAUUGUUUAAAGCAGGUGCCUACUCGUGAAGAUUCUUACCAGGUUAAGUUUUGGGGAUUUCCAGUGGUGUAAAAGAAAAGAACUUAUGGACCGACUCAAUGGUUCUGCCAAUCUAAUGAUAGUGUCCGAUCUUGAUUUCACAAUGGUAGACCAUGAUGAUCCGGAAAAUCUUGCUCUUCUCAGGUUCAAUGCGCUAUGGGAAGCUUAUUAUCGUCAUAAUUCUCUUCUAGUUUUCUCCACUGGGAGAUCGCCUACUAUAUAUGGAGAGUUAAGAAAACAGAAACCUUUGUUGACUCCUGAUAUAACAAUAAUGUCUGUGGGAACUGAGAUUACAUAUGGUGAAUCCAUGGUACCUGAUGAUGGUUGGAAACAGUAUCUAGAUCAUAAGUGGAAUAGGGACAUAGUUAUGGAGGAAACAGCCAAGUUUCCUGAACUAACUUUGCAGUCAGAAACAGAACAACGGCCUCACAAGGUUAGCUUUUAUUUGGAAAAAGGGAAAGCCCCGAAUGUCACGCAAACUCUCUCAAAACGUUUGGAAAACCGUGGGUUAGAUGUGAAAAUAAUUUAUAGCAAUGGUAUAGCUUUAGAUGUAUUACCCCAAGCUGCUGGAAAAGGACAGGCCCUAGCUUUUCUACUUGAAAAAUUGAAGGCUGAUGGACAAGGACCAAUCAACACUCUUGUUUGUGGUGAUUCAGGGAAUGAUGCUGAACUGUUCACUGUACCUGAAGUUAAUGGGGUCUUGGUCAGUAAUGCACAGGAAGAAUUGCUUCAAUGGUAUGCAGAAAAUGCAAGGGGAAAUCCCCGAAUAAUUCAUGCAACUGAAAGAUGUGCAGCUGCCAUUGUGCAAGCCAUUGGUAACUUCUCUCUAGGUCCAAAUGUGUCCCCAAGAGAUAUUGGAGAUUUAAUGUCCAACAGGAAAGUUCAUAGUCCUAGCCAUGAAGUGGUGAUGUUCUACAUAUUUUAUGAGAGAUGGAGGCGUGGUGAAGUUGAGAAUCCUGAGCAGUAUAUACAAAAAUUAAAAUCAGUCUUUCAUUCUACAGGAAAUUUUGUCCAUCCUUCAGGAAUUGAUCAACCUAUGCACCAAACUAUAGAUACCUUAGCAAAGGCUUUUGGUGACAAGACGGGCAAAGACUUUCGAGUGUGGGUUGAUUGUAUAUCUUUAGCAGAGGUUAGUUUGGGUUCGUGGCUGGUCAAAUUUGACAAGUGGGAGUUAUCUGGUAAUGAGUCACGGGGUUGUUCAACAAAGGCUCUGAUGAAUGCAAAGGUUGAUGUACCAGAUGAGUAUACCUGGAUGCACUUACAUCAUACUUGGUUGGACGACGUAGGAGGACAGGAUGAUGUGUCUUGGUUGUUAUAGUUUCGAAUCACUUCUGUUAAAAAGUACUCUUUGCUGUCAAACUAUUCAGCCAAGGCAUGAGGCACGGCAAUAUGCACUCAAACCUUACAUAGCAAUAAGGAUUUUUCAUUUUAUAACAGUUUUCACUUUAUGAAGAGAGAAGCCAUGAACCGAAACACUUUGCAAGGAAAGUAAACCUAGAUGUGCAAAUGUGGCAAUGGAGAGAAGAAAUAGCUGCUCAAAGGUUGUGUUUGGUUUCUAGAUAGAAAAAAUACGUUUGUCAUUCGAAGGCAGCAUGAACCCAUAAUACAAAGAUAAUUUAUAUCAUUCAUUAUUCUAGCUAGAUAUUAUAUUAAAUAAAAAUAAUUUAUACCA